AUGGCUGUCCUAUCUAAAGUCACGCCCGCCAUACUCUUGUUGGCCACGGCAAACCAGGUCCUCGGCCAGCAAUCUGUUUGGGGUCAAUGCGGUGGGAUCGGUUGGACGGGUCCCACGACUUGUCAAUCAGGAAAUUAUUGUUCCGUUCAAAACCCUUACUACUCUCAGUGCAUUCCAGGAGCCGCAACUACGACACUUGCGACAACGACCCGAACCACAACAGCCUCGACUCGAACCACUACUGCGAGUUCCCGCACUCCCACCCCUUCAAGCUCUAGCAAAAAGGUCAAGUAUGCUGGAGUCAACAUUGCCGGAUUUGAUUUCGGCAUGGCGACCACUGGUACUCAAAACAUGCCAGAAAUCAUUGACGUGUCAGUCACCGGAGUUACUCAAAUGCGUCACUUCGUCAACGAUGACAAGUUCAAUAUUUUCCGUCUACCUGCAGGUUGGCAAUUCCUGCUUAACAACAAUCUAGGUGGUACUCUCCACUCAACAAACUUUGGCAAGUAUGAUACACUCGUUCAGGGAUGCUUAAACCUUGGUGCCUUGUGUAUCGUCGAUAUCCAUAACUAUGCCCGCUGGAACAAUGCUAUAAUUGGACAAGGAGGCCCUACAGAUGCCCAGUUUGUCGAUAUAUGGACGCAGCUAGCUCGGAAGUACGCUGGUCAAAGUAGAAUCGUCUUCGGUGUAAUGAACGAACCUCAUGAUAUCAAUAUAAAUACUUGGGCUGCGACGGUCCAAAAAGUCGUAACCGCAAUCCGAAACGCCGGAGCAACAUCGCAGAUGAUUUUAUUGCCCGGAAAUGGUUGGACUUCUGCGGGUGAAUUCGUCAGCAACGGUUCUGGGGACCUUCUCAACCAAAUCACCAAUCCAGACGGCUCAAAAACAAACCUAGUCUUUGACGUUCACAAGUACUUGGACUCUGAUAACAGUGGAACACACGCUGAAUGUGUUACAAACAAUAUCGAUGCUGCUUUCCAACCCCUAGCCACUUGGCUCAGAAAAGUAGGGAGACAAGCCUUCCUGAGCGAGGUCGGUGGUGGUAACGUCGAGAGCUGCGGUCUAUACAUGUGCCAACUCUUGGAUUUCCUCAACGCAAAUAGCGAUGUCUAUCUUGGUUGGACCUCCUGGGCUGCAGGCGGGUGGCAGCCAUCCUGGAAUUAUGUUUUGACUGAAGUCCCCAACGGCAAUGUCGACACGUACUUGGUACAGAAAUGCUUCGUUCCUAAAUGGAUCUCUUAG